AUGAAGCCACACGGGACAAUGGAGUUAGACAUUCAUACCAUUCGAAGCUUUGAUUCGCAUACUAUUGUUUACCAAAAGAGGCUAAACAAGUUCAUCACAAAAGCAGGCCGCGUCCCACGGGACCACAACGCCCUACGCUACGUGGAUGAGAACAUCUACAGAACCUUCGCCAAGGCGAACAACGGACAUGUAGCAGUUUACAAUUCCGAAACAGCCAUGAUCACCGAAUACGCCACCCUCAGUGACCUCCUCCGAGACCUAGGGUUCCAUUACAGACAGAAGCACGAGUUGUGGGAAGAUGAACUGGUAAAAGAAGAGAGAGACCAAAACCGCAGGCCCUCGUCAAAAGAACAAUUCGCCUGUGACUAUGAGCACUAUCAUGCUUAUCACCAAGUGAUUCCUCGACCAACCGAGAUCAGCAAGGUUUCUUACACCGGGUUUCCCGACAUCGUCCAGCUACUUGCUCACUCGACCGGUUUCGCGGCCCUCUCUUCGACAGGGGAGGUGUACACGUGGGGUGAUGAGCGGUUUGUUGGGUGCUUGGGGAGGGAGGUUAGCGAUGAGUGCCCAGCUCAGUACCCCUCCCCCGUCCCCCUCCUGUCCCAACUUCCCACCGGCCCCGCUCGGCACCUCUCCAUCAGCCCUACCUCCUCUUUGCUCGCCUGCCUGACAGCCGGCAACGACCUCUACAUCUGGGGGGAUCCCAGACAGUUACCCCCUUCUCUUCAAACACUUUUCUUCGACGAACGACGUGCCGACGACGAUGGGCACGAUUACAACGACGGUCCGGUCCCUGUGGUAAUCACCGACACGGACGGGAACGAGGUGGAUGGUAUUGUGGACGUGGCUGUGGGCACCGAACACAUGAUAGCGUUGACGGACCAAGGGGAGGUGUAUGUGAUUGGGCAAAAUUGGUGUGGUCAGUUGGGACUGGGAGAGGAGAUUAAAUGGGUGACCAAGUGGGAGAAAGUACCUUUGUCGCUGGACGAUGGAGGUGGCGGGACUAAAAAGGAGAUCAAGGCGGUCGCGGCAGGCCCUUGGGCGAGUUUCUUGAUUGUUGGUGAGGAGGAGAAGCGCAUGUGAAGUCUGUUGAGAUGAGUUUUGUCAUGGGUACCAAAGUUGGCGUUGUGAAAUUACUGGUCGGCUUCAGUUGCUUUGCUGAAAGAGCGAAACAUCG